AUGCCUCUCAUCGAGUCGCCAAUGCCGCCGCUUGAAGCCAUUUUCAAAAACUUCUCCGGCACAUGGAAGCUCCACCGAUCGCUCACGAGUGUCCUCCCUGGCUUUCCAUCCGGAACAUUCACCGGUACUGCCACUUUUGAGCCCCACAGCGCAUUUGACGGAAACUCCUUACUGUACCAUGAAGUUGGAGAGCUCACCACAGAGCAAGGCUAUAAACUCCUGGCCAAUCGAAAAUACGUAUACCAAUUCAGCCCCGAUGACGAAAAGAUCGCGUGCUGGUUCGUCAAAGAGCCAGCACCUGAAACCAACGAAGAGGUCGACUAUCUGUUCCACGAAUUGGAGUUUUCUUUUCUUGAUCAACGCUGGAUUGCCAAGGGAGAUCAUUUGUGCGACAAAGACAUGUACUGGGCAUUCUACGAUUUCAGGCUGGAGGACAACAUGAAGAGGUGGGGCUUGCGAUACAAGGUCAAAGGCCCCCAGAAAGACUAUCUCAGCGAUUCUGCCUACGAGCGUAUCGCCUGA